UCUGUUCAGCCGUCGUGGGUUUCGCUUCCCGUGCGUUUUUUUUAAUUGUUCCGAAUUAUUCUGGUUUUAAAAAAAUUAAGUAGCCAACAGUGGACCAGCAGAGCAAGAACUAUAGUAAUUUGUCAAAAACUUUGACGAUAUUUGCAGUAGUUGGAGACCACAACAGCUGGCUCCAGGUGAUUCACAAGGUGCUCCAAUUCCACAACAGUUCGUUAAAAAUGGGGAAUCCCACUAACAUAUUAGAUUUGCCAUUGGAGAUUUUGGACCGAAUUUUGGAUGAGCUAAGUUUUAAAGAUAAGCUAAAACUAGCCCAAGCUGAUCAGGAUUUGCAAUCGGCUUUUGCCUAUCACUGCCGCAAUGAAUAUAAAAAAAUUUCAUCUCGGACUUUAUCGCUGGAGAAUUGGUCGGACUUCUUGAUGGUUUAUGGCCCAAACGUUGAUGAAAUAAAUGUUGAUAGCUUAGACGUUCAAUAUUUAAAAUUAAUCGAGCAACAUUGUUGCAACCUAAAGAUCAUAAGCGGGUUCUACUUAAAAGAUCACAAAUGCACUGCGGCCAAAAGUUUGAUUAGCGCAUUAAAAAGUCUUACGUCUAUGGAAAUAACCAUAACUAACGAUAACACAGCGGAAGUAAUUCAUAUCUUGCAAGAAGUUCCAAAUUUAAAAAUAUUAAGUAUCCAAUUUUUAGGAGAAACAUAUGAUGAGUCGGGAGUAUUGAAACAACCAUCAAGCUUAGAAAAAGCUCACAUACACAAAUUAAUCAAUUUGGAAGAUUUAACUAUUAGAUCGACUUUUGGUCACUCGGCAAUCAAAAUUGAGGAACUUUCAUCCCAUUUAAAAAUGCUUCGCAAGUUAAAUUUAUCUGGAGUAAAAUUUGGUUCAGCUCCUGAAAAUAUGGAGUUAAAUUUCCCCGCUUUAGAAGAGCUCUCCAUAAGUGAUUCACAUAUUGAUGUUGAGUUGCCAUAUUGUCCAAAACUUUGUUCUCUCAGAGUAUUUAAUUUACAAUACUCUUCAAGUAAUUUUUUUGUUAAAUGGAUGGUAAACCAUAUAAAUACUUUAGAAUCAUUUGAGUCCGAUAGUGGGGUAUUCAAAAAAAACGUUUUGUUUAGUAUAUUUUCAUCAAAUUCGUUUGGGGAAUGGAAAUUUCCUGAAAUAAAACAUCUUGUUAUUCGAAAUUCUAAAAUAUGGUUCCCCCUACCAUUUUGUCCUAAGCUAAUAUCGUUGGAAUUCAGUUCGACGACCUUUUUCUCCAUGAACUUCUUUUUUAAAUGGAUUUCAAAGCACGGAACUACCUUACAAAAAUUAAGCAUAAGCUUUGAAUUAUUUAAAGAAAAAUGUCGCCUAACUAAACUUUCAAAAAUUCAAUCUCAAACAUGGAUACUACCUGCCUUGAAGGAUUUGAAUAUUACUUUUAACACAAUCUCUUACGAUUUACCAUAUUGUCCAAACCUUGUGUCUUUGAGUUUGGAAUAUGCUAAAUGUCGCUCAAUGGAUUACUUUUACAAGUGGAUCCUUAGGCACUCAAACAAUUUGCAAAGCUUGAAGUUGAGAGAAGAAUUAUUUGAAGAAAAUAAACUUCUUGAAUUUUUAUCAAAGUGCAACAAAAUACACAAACUUGAAAUUUCAGAUAAAACAAUUUCCUUUGAGUUUAUGAACUCGUUAGUUAACAUACUAAGAGAAAAUGGUGUCACAUCAAAAAAUCCAUUUGAAAUUACUAUUUCGCAUAAUGAAUUUCUGAAUAUACAACGUAUGUUGGCUGAAAUACCAAAUUCCGAGAUAUGUAGAUGCGUUGAGGCUUAUAAUAUUUUGGAAAUGCUUGAAAUUGAUGUCGAUGAGAGUUUUAGCGACGUAAUUAAUUUGACCUUAAAAUGGAUUUAAAAAU